UCCGAGCUGGAGCGCGGGGUCUACAGGUAUUACUACGACGGGGAGCUCCAGAUGGUAAUACACAGCCACGUUGACGACAUGCUGGUUGCCAGGAAGGCCGCAAGCCCCACGGUCGACAAUAUACUGGGAGAGAUGGCUGAGUUUCUACAUCUGGAGAGACGCGACGGGAAGUUUGAGUACUGCGGAGCAGGGGUCUACGUUACGCAGGCUAAGGCGGUCAUGGCCGUGGGGUAUAUCCCCAUCGCCCCGGACAGGAAGAAGGUUUCAGACGGACGAGCAACUAUGGAGGAGCUGAGCAUGUCUCGCAGCACGAACGGGCAACUACAGUGGCUGGCACAUUGCUCGAGGCCCGACAUAGCUUUCGAGCAGAACAGGCUUGCGCAGAGGACGUCAGAGCUGAAGGUCCGGGGCCUCAUCGAUGCCAACAAGCUUGUGGACUACGUCAAAGAGAACAUCAUCGAGUACGGCCUGCACUUCCGCAGGGGCGUCGUGGACAUCAGCACAGCGUGCGUCCUGGCCUACGGUGAUUCGUCCUUCGCGAACAUGCCGAGUGAGAAGAGCUUGACGGUUCGACAAGCAGGUGCCAUUGGCGGAGUUGUGGGAUCCACGUUAGCUGCGGAGGCAUACAGCAUCAGCGAGGCUAUGUGGCAUGGCCAGUUUCUACGACAGUUUCCUCAGGAGUUACAGAUGCCAGCCAACGCCAAGCUCAAGGCUGUUGAGAGGUUAUGUGCAUCAAGGCCGGCUUUUGCUGUGACGGACAGCGACAAUGUGAAGGUCACUGUGAAUAAGGAUAGUGGUUCAGUUGCGGACAAAAGAUUACGCAUUGUUGUUUCCAUGCUUCGUGAGAGUGUUGAGGCACAAUAUUAUACUACGCUGAUUUGGACGAUGACUGAAGCAAUGGUAGCUGACGGCCUGACUAAGAGUUUGGCGUGCGUUGCGAUUUUGAUUGCCUUCUUUGCUUCCAAGAAGUUCGAGAUUCCACCUCCGCAGUGGAAGCGACAGGCCGGGAUCGGGUACCACGCUGAGGAGACCAACCGCGAGUGGAUCGGGUACCACGUGUGGCGGAUCAGGCGCGAGGGGAUCGGGUACCACGCGUGGCAGAUCAACCGCGAGUGGAUCGGGUACCACACCAGGAGGAACAUCAAGGAAGAUGACAAUACAGUGAUCUACAUUCUGCUGGCUAUCCUGUUCGUGAUGAUUAUGGCCGUGACAUACCUCAUGUGGCAGAUGAGGGAGAUCAGAGCAUCGAUCCGACAGUCCCAGGAGAUCGAGAGAAUGCCGCGGCUGAUCCACGCGGGCGAUGAUCGCACCCCAGGCUCGACUCUGACGGCGGCGACAGGCAUCGCUACGAGAACGAGGGCGCCCAAGAAGGUUGAAGGUGAGGUGCCCGAGCCCAUGGAGGUCGAGAGCGACAGUGCCAUAUUCGGAGAGGAACCAGUCCAGAUUACGAGGCAGAGGACGGCCAAGACGGUAAAGACGAUUGACGAUGAAGUUGUGCGAGACCCAAGGAGUCGCCCGGCCAGACAGGUGGAGACCAAGUCGGUGCCGCAGGACUUUGAUUUCGCGGGAAUCAAGACGAAGCUGCUGAAGGCCAGUCUCGAGGAAAUCCCCGUGGUGAUCAAGGUGUCCGAGCGCGUGAUGAGGCACUGCGGUCCCGAGGGCAGGCAGAUUACUAAGGACGAGGCGAACGAGAUGGCCAGUGGCAUUGGCUACUACGUGGACCCCAG